AUGCUCAGACGGCUAGGUCUCACGUAUAAACUGUUUUACCGCUCGAUGCAUUCCAUAGUAUUGGAUGAGCAGGAACUAAAGAUACGCAACUUGCUUGUCGACUACUGCAGAUACUACCAGGACAAUGGCGGAGUGCCGCUCACGUUGAGGAUCACCGGUGGUUGGGUUCGUGACAAACUCUUGGGCAGGGAGAGCCAUGACAUUGAUAUCGCGGUGGACCACCUCCUGGGGGAGGAGUUUGUUUCCGGGCUACAAGCGUACUUGAGGCAGCAUGACCCCGAGCUUUCGAUGCGACACGUCCACACCAUCAAGAUGAACCCGUUAAAGUCGAAGCAUUUGGAAACGUGCACGACCAAGUUGUACGAUGUAGACUUGGACUUUGUCAAUUUGAGGUCAGAGGAAUACUCGGACGAUAGCCGGGUGCCCGUGAUUGAGUUUGGCACUCCCGAGCAAGACGCAAUGAGGAGAGAUGCCACUUUGAAUGCACUUUUUUACAACAUGAACGACCUGAAGGUGGAGGAUUUCACAGGCACGGGUUUGCUGGAUUUGAAAAAUGGCAUUUUGAAAACACCAUUGCCACCAGUGCGGACAUUUUUGGACGAUCCGUUGCGGAUACUUCGGUUGAUCCGGUUUGCGUGCAAAUUCAACUUUGUCAUUGAGCGCUCCACGUUGGAGGCAAUGAUGGAAAUCCACAAUCAAAAGGCUCUUCUGACCAAGAUAAGUAAAGAGAGAAUCGAGAUCGAGUUGCGCAAGGCCCUCGUGAGUGCGAACCCGAGCUACGGAUUGCGGUUGAUCUACAACUGCAACUUGGUGGAGAGUUUGUUUUAUGUGGAAGAGUUGGAGCAGCAGUUUGACAGAAAUGCCCUUAAAAGUUCAGUUGACAGAAUCCCGCACCACCUACAAGCAGCCAGCGCCAUUUUCCCGUAUUUCGAGCAAGAGGUCAGCUCCACAACGGUGGAAAUGCUGCAGGCGUACCGAGAUUUCGACGACGACUUUAAAUUCAACUUUUGGCUCUCGAUGAUCUUGCACCCGUAUUCCGUUGUGCCACGAGUCAAGAACAAAGACGUCUAUGACCAGCUCCUACGCAUGGGGUUGAAAUGCAAAAAAAGCGAUAUACUCAAAAUCACCGCGAUCAACAUGGCCGACAGGCUGCCGAUUGACAGUUUCUUCGAGACCAGCGUCAAGAGGUCGGACUUGGGGCUAUAUUUGAGGAAAUUUCCCGGGUUUGCCGAUCUCAACUUGCUCGUGCAAUGUUUCAUCGACUGCAUCCACGGCGUGCGAAUAGAAAACCCAUUACCAACAACCCCGGAACCUGUAUCAAUCCCAAAUGAGCAAAUAAACUCGAUCAAGACGACAAUUGCAAAAUACGAAAAGUUGUUUGCGGCAGUGAAAGAGCUCAACCUUCGAGACGUGCAUAAUCUCAAACCAUUGCUCGAGGGAAAGACAAUCGCCAACGAACUAGGCAAGAAGCCAGGCCCCUGGAUGAAACCUGUGACGGAUAAAGUAUUUAUAUGGCAAUUAGAUAACCCCAAUGGCUCUGCCGGCGAGUGUUUAGAAUAUAUAAAAUCGCAUUGCUGUGCGUCAUAA